AUGUCAACGAGCAAAGAGCUCUACAAGCUGGAGUUGCUGUCCCUCGUCAACAGAGUCUCUCAAGAGCUGUUCAAUCAUACGAAGUUGCAGGACAAGAACCUGGCCGAGUUCGUCAUUGCUCUACAUGAGCAGAGUAAAUCCUUCGAGAUCUUUCAGUCUCGACUGGGAGAGGUCGGCGCAGAUUUUCCCCCAUGGUUCGUCCAGAAUUUGGACCGUCUGAUCGUGACAAUGCAUCCCAAAUAUAAGAAAAAGGCAGCCAAAGCCAAGGCGGCCCUCCACGGACAGACAGCUGCUGUUCAUGGCUCUGGGGAGAAGGAUAUCCAGUCACGGAAAUUCCCUGGGCUAUCAAUGCCUGACAAAGCGAUCCAGCUUGAGGAGGAUAUUGCCAAAACCCUGCCAUUGGUCAAUGUGGACGACACUAUGGCGGAGCUAGCUACGGUUGCGGCCAGGCGGACCCGUCCAUCAGCAGACGAUUUCAUCGAUGGAGAGUCCUCGACGAAGCGUCACAGACCGUCAGACUCUGGAUCUUCUAUGCACGGCCGUGACAAUGGAUACGCGAACCGCUCAAUAACCGGUAGAGUUCCCCCAGUCAGCCGCGAUGGCCAUCGCGAUAGCCCAGACCCGAGACCGAUACUGUACAAAAUCUACGAUGGAACGAUCCAGGGUAUCAGAGACUUUGGAGCAUUCGUCUCGAUGGAUGGAGUCAGUGGACGUGUUGAGGGACUGGUCCAUGUCUCCAAUAUCACCGGCACUCGGAUUCAAUCUCCUUCCGAGGUAGUCAAACGCAAUGACCGAGUGAAAGUAAAGGUCAUCUCCGUUGCUGGCGGCCGAGUUGGUCUUAGUAUGAAAGACGUCGAUCAACAGACUGGGGCUGACCUGUCGCCUCAUCUUCGGGUCCAGACAGAAGAAGAAAUAUUAGCCGAGGAAAGACGAGCUGCCUCCAGGGCGGCGACUGGCAGCAACUCAACUCCAAUCAUUCACGUUGAGGAGCGGCGACGUGGCAAUGCCAAACGAUUAUCGAGUCCCGAGAGAUUCGAGAUCAAGCAGCUGAUAGCCAGUGGUGCGGUCAGCGCUGCCGACUACCCCGACAUAGACGAUGACUUUACGGCAACCAUUGGCCAUCCCGAAGUUGAAGAGGAUAUCGAUAUAGAAGUCAACGAGCUUGAGCCGUCCUUCCUUUCUGGACAGACCAAGAUCACACUCGAGCUCUCUCCAGUGAAGAUCAUCAAAGCUCCGGAUGGCUCUCUCAAUAGAGCCGCACUAGCGGGAGCGUCUCUGGCCAAGGAGCGCAGAGAUCUCAAGCGGUUGGAAGAGAAUGAGCAGGCCGACUCUGAAUCUAGGGAUCUAUCUCAACCUUGGCUGGAUCCUAUGGCGAAUCAACAAGAGAGACAAUUCGCGUCGGAUGUGAAGGGAAAUCUUAUGAGUCAAAGAGCUGCGCAAACCCCAGCUUGGAAAGCGGCAAACAAGGUCGUCACGUAUGGAAAAAUCACGUCCAUGAGUAUCCAAGAACAACGUCGAAGUCUGCCCAUCUACAAACUCAGGAGUCAGUUGGUAGAGGCCAUCAAAAACAAUCAAAUUCUUGUCGUCGUUGGAGACACUGGGUCUGGUAAAACAACUCAAAUGGCUCAGUACCUUGCUGAGGAGGGGAUGCUCGAGUGCGGAAAGCUAGGAUGCACUCAGCCUAGGAAAGUUGCCGCAGUAUCGGUAGCCAAACGAGUCGCAGAAGAAGUCGGCUGUCGUCUUGGCGCUGAAGUUGGUUAUACCGUCCGAUUUGAGGAUAUCACCAGUCCCGAGACGAAAAUCAAAUACAUGACCGAUGGUAUGCUGCUACGAGAAUUGCUCGUGGAUCCCGACUGUUCGAAAUACUCCAUUAUGAUGCUCGACGAGGCGCACGAACGUACCGUCGCCACAGACGUUUUGUUUGGCCUCUUGAAAAAAGCAUGUCGCCGCCGGCCGGAUCUGAAACUCAUCUGCACAUCAGCCACCCUUGACGCAGCCAAAUUUGCUACGUAUUUCUGGGGAUGUCCCAUCUUCACGAUUCCUGGCCGGACGUUCCCUGUUGAGACGCUGUACACCAAGGAACCAGAGCCGGACUACUUAGAAGCAUCCCUCAUUACGAUCCUGCAAAUUCAUUUGAUGGAGCCGGCCGGAGAUAUUCUCCUCUUCCUCACUGGGCAAGAGGAGAUCGAUACUGCGUGCGAGAUCCUAUUCGAACGCGUCAAAGCUCUCGGGCCGCAAGUGCCUGAGCUUCUCAUCCUGCCCAUCUACGCUGCUCUGCCCUCCGAAAUGCAGUCCCGCAUCUUCGACCCAGCACCCCCUGGAGCACGAAAGGUGGUCAUCGCUACCAAUAUCGCGGAGACCAGUAUUACGAUUGAUGGAAUCUACUACGUGAUUGACCCAGGCUUUGCGAAACAGAAUGCGUAUGACCCCAAACUCGGAAUGGAUUCUCUGGUUGUGACUCCCAUCUCUCAGGCACAAGCUCGCCAACGCGCUGGCCGUGCUGGACGCACAGGCCCGGGCAAGUGUUACAGACUGUACACGGAGAUCGCUUAUCGGAACGAAAUGUUACCCAAUCCCAUUCCCGAGAUUCAGAGGACCAAUCUUGCAAUGACCAUCUUGACGCUCAAGGCAAUGGGUAUCAACGACUUGAUCAAUUUCGAUUUCAUGGAUCCACCACCUGCGGCAACUAUGAUAACUGCUCUGGAACAGCUAUAUGCUUUAGGCGCUCUGGACGAUGAAGGGCUUCUCACGCGUAUCGGCAGGAAGAUGGCCGAUUUCCCCCUGGAUCCGCCCUUGUCAAAGAUGUUGAUCAAAUCGGUCGAUUAUGGCUGUUCGGAAGAGGCACUGACAAUCGUGGCGAUGUUACAAGCCGGAGGUCAGAUUUAUUACCGUCCAAAGGAUAAACAGGCACAGGCCGAUGCCAAGAAGGCCAAGUUCCACCAGCCGGAGGGGGAUCUACUCACUCUUCUUGCGGUGUAUAAUGGUUGGAAAGCCUCCAAAUUCAGCAAUCCUUGGUGUUUCGAGAAUUUCAUUCAUACACGUGCAAUGAAAACCGCGCAAGACGUCAGGAAACAACUGAUCGGUAUCAUGGAACGCUACAAGCAUGAGCUAGUAUCCUGUGGAACAAAUUACAAUCGCGUGAGAAUGGCGAUUUGUUCGGGAUUUUUCCGAAACGCUGCCAAGAAGGAUCCAACUGAGGGGUACAAGACGUUGGUUGAGGGCACGCCAGUCAGCAUUCACCCUUCGAGUGCUUUAUUCCAGCGACCGCCAGAAUGGUGUCUGUACUACGAGCUUGUUCUAACAGCCAAGGAGUACAUGCACCAGAUCACAGCCAUUGAGCCGAAAUGGCUAUCAGAGGUUGCACCAACGUUUUUCCGUGUGGCGGAUUUAAACAAGAUCAGCAAGCGAAAGGCAUCGGAGAAGAUCGAACCUCUGUUCGACAGAUUUGCUGCCAACAAAGACGACUGGCGCUUGAGUAAGCAAAAACGAGCUACCCGCACUUCACAGACUUUUGGUUGA